AACCAAAAAGAAGGUGAAAGAUGAAUGGUGAUCAAGUUAUUGUGUACAUGGCUGAGGAUCUUACGCAAGGCGACUUAACCUUGCCCUCAGUUCGUACAACUUCCGGCACCAUCAACGUUGAGUUACUAGGUGAUCAAAUAAACAAACCCUUACAACCAACUAAUAGUACUCUUAGAAAAAGAGCCACCUUACACCGUCUUAGCUUCUCCAAACCCAAAUCUCGAAACACUGAGUUAAAUUAUCUCCUUCCCAAAAAAAAUGUCACUGCUGAUCAGUUUCAUACUGUUGAUCAGUUUGAAACUGAUCAGACGAGCAAAACUGCGACUUGGGAAGAAGAAUCAAGUAACCAUUGUAAUAAUGGUGGUGAUCUUAGUAGUUCCGACUCCUCCUCAAAUUCUUCGUCUGAGGAGGAGAAGGGAAAAGAUGAUGUGGAAGAAGAAGAAGAAAAGAGUGAGGGUAGUAAUAAUAAGCAAUAUCACAAAACAAACAAAAAGGUAAGGAAGAUUAAGUGGAAGAGAGUAGGAGAGUGGUCAUUAUUCUUUGCUAUAUUGACUUGCUCAAUCCUCUCCGUCACCGUCACCGCCUUCCGGGACAACAAUGUGAUGGGCUUACUUCCGUGGCGGUGGUGCUUGUUGGCGAUGGUGGUGUUUAGCGGCCGUCUUUGCUCAGGGUGGCUAGUGAGCUUCUUGGUGUUUCUACUAGAGAGAAACUUCAUGUUAAGGGAGAAAGUGUUGUAUUUUGUGUAUGGGUUAAGGAAGAUCAUACAAAGUUGUGUUUGGUUAGCACUUGUGUUGUUAGCUUGGACUUGUAUGUUCAAUUCUAAAGUACACCAUAAUAAUGAGAUGGUGAAGAGGGUGUCUCAAUUGCUAGUAGCUAUCCUUGUUGGAGCAAUCAUAUGGUUGGUCAAGAUUGUUAUGGUUAAGAGUCUUGCUUCCUCUUUCCAUGUCCGGACUUACUUUGAUCGUAUGAAGGAAAGUGUCUUUCAUCACUACAUACUCGACACACUCUCAGGUCCACCGGUUAAUGAGCUAGUGUGGGAAGAACAUAAACCAAUGCUAGGGUCAAAACCUCAUCCUACAAAAUGGAAGGUUGCUAAGAACUCAAUUAGAUCAAAGAAAUAUGGAUCAAGAAAAUUGGACAUGGAGAAGCUUAAGGAACUAAGUAUGGAAACUCCAGCAUCGAUUUGGAGUUUGAAGAGGUUGAUGAAGCACAUUAGAUCUUCUGGUUUGUCCACAAUUUCAAAGAGUGUUGAUGAAUUUGGGAAAGCUGAAUCUCAGAUUACAAGUGAGUGGCAAGCUAGAACUACUGCUAAGCGCAUCUUCAAGAACGUUGCAAAAUGUGGUGUCAAGUACGUUGAGGAGGAGGAUCUAUCAAGGUUCUUGAAGAAGAAUGAGAUUCAUGCUAUAUUUCCUCAUUUUGAAGGAGCACUAGAGACCGGAAGAGUCACCAAGUCCUCCUUUAAAAAUUGGGUGGUACGGGCUUAUUUCGAAAGGAAGGCACUAGCACAUUCUCUAAAAGACACUAAAACAGCAGUCCAACAACUUCACAAGAUAGCUUCAGCAGUUGUCAGUGUGGUAAUCUUUGUGGUUUUCCUCUUGUUGAUGGGAUUAGCAACACCCAGUAUAGUCGCGUUUGUCAUCACACAAAUGGUAAUCGUAGGCGUCAUCUUUCACAACACUUGCAAAAUCAUUUGCGACUGUAUAAUUUUCGUAUUUGUCAUGCACCCUUUCGACAUAGGAGAUCGUUGUAGAGUUGAUGGUGUUCAGAUGAUUGUAGAAGAGAUGAAUAUACUAACAACAGUUUUCCUGAGGUAUGACAUGGAGAAAAUCUACUAUCCAAAUUCAGCUCUUUUAAACAUGCCAAUUAGUAACUUCUACAGAAGCCCGGACAUGUGGGAUACAAUUCAUAUCACCAUAGAUGCCUCCACUCCGAUUGAAACCAUAAAUGCACUCAAGAAGGCAACACAAAGCUAUAUUGACAGCAAACCAAAUCAUUGGAAUUCAAAACAUAGCUUCGUAGUCAAAGACAUUGAAGACUUGAACCAAAUGAAGAUGGCCUUAUCGGUGCAACACACAAUCAACCACCAAAAUAUUACUGAACGAAACAUACGGCUAAGUGAUCUUAUUUUGGAUUUGAAGAAAAGUUUUGAGACACUUUGUAUCAAAUAUCACCUUCUUGCACAAGACGUCCAUGUAACUCAAUUUGACAUGAACAAUCCAUCAAUGCUAACACCAUCUUGAAUUUCUUGAUAUUCCAUAGUGUUUUGUAAUGGAAGUGUGUUAACUAAUUUGUGAUUAUCCAUCAAUUUAACUAUAAUGAAGGUGAUUAAGCAAGAAUCGAGCAUGUAUGAAAAUAAACAAAGACGGAGAAAGGUUUAUUGUGGAAACUUGAGUGUCAGACAGCGGCAGAGCCACGGUGAUAAUAGAGGGGUCCUUAAUUGACCAACCUUGAAAAACAAAAGAACUUUAUUAUAAUUAUAUUUUCAUUAUAAUGUAUAUAACUUUAGUUAUUUUUUUUUUAAUUUUUAAAUAGUGACACUCUUACUUA